GACAGAUUUGCUUCCGAUAGAUAAGCAUCCGACAGAGCCGGCGGGGGAGAAUAGGUUCCGAGGGUACUCUCUGCUCGCGCUUCCAUGAGUCACCUGACCUAGGCUAGCCUUGUGGGAUUCCUUAUCGAACCAUCGAGCACAAGAGCACAACUAACUAUAUCAAUCACACCAUCACCUCUGACCCGUAUACACAUCUUCACUCCUCUCCACUUCACCCAACCAACUCUCUCACUCUUAGACUCUUCGUACCAACGCUUCAACAUGCCUGGACCUCGACUCGCCAACAAGGUUUCGAUCAUCACCGGUGCCGGAUCCGGUAUCGGUCUCGAAACCUCUCUCCUGUUCGCAACCGAAGGUUCAUCCCUCAUCCUCGCCGAUAUCAACCUCGAAGCCGCCGAACGUACCGCCACCUUGAUCCAGAACAAGUUCGAGGGCAAGAUCAAGGCGAUUGCGGUCAGGUGUGAUGUCAGCAAAGAAGACCAGGUCGAGGCGAUCGUCAAGCGGGCCGUGGACGAGUUUGGCAGGCUGGACGUCAUGUUCAACAACGCCGGAAUCAUGCACCCGGCCGACGACAACGCCCUCGUGACCGAAGAAAAGAUCUGGGACUUGACCCAGAACAUCAACGUCAAGGGAGUCUGGUACGGAUGUAAACACGCCAUCAUCGCCAUGCGUCAGAACCCUACAGACGAAUCGAAAGGAUUGCGAGUGGGAGGCAGCGUGAUCAACACCGCUUCCUUCGUAGGCAAGAUGGGAGCUGCGACGCCUCAACUGGCCUACACCACCAGUAAGGGAGCCGUCCUCGCCAUGACCCGAGAACUGGCCAUGAUCCAUGCUCGAGAGGGGAUCCGUUUCAACUCUCUCUGCCCUGGCCCGCUCAAGACCCCGCUCUUGAUGGACUUCCUGAACACGCCCGAAAAGCUCAACAGGCGAUUGAACCACUUGCCCAUGGGAAGGUUCGGAGAGGCCAUCGAGCAGGCCAAGGCCGUCUUGUUCCUCGCUUCGGACGACUCAUCCUACGUCACUGGACACGACAUGCUCGUCGACGGAGGUCUGACUUCCGCUUACGUCACCGCCGAAGGACCCGUCCUCCUCCCUCCUCCCGUCAGCAUGACCUCCCAGUUCUGAAUGGCGACGCAGGAAGGUCUUAGGAAAUGCACGAAACACAACGACGAUGAUGAAAACAAGACAUACAUAAGGGAGCCGCCCCGGCUCGUUUGCUAUUUGCGGGGAAGUAUAUGGAAAAUCAACGACAUGGCAUGGUUCUGGAAGAUUUUGUCAGCAUUAUUACAUGUUUCUACUCGUAUGAUAAGUGACUUGUUAAGACGAUCGCAUGUGCGCGAUGAUUUCCGCGGCGGGCAGUCCUUCGCCCUUCAGAGCUUUCGGUGUCAGCAUGACCCAGCAAUAUCCG